UGUGGAAGGCUCUUCUCAAACGUUAUUUUGAGGUCACAGGAGUAAUCGAGCCCAUCGCUGCUCUGUGACAGCACAUUAAAAAUACAUCAGCGUUUCUUAUUAUUCACACUGAAGCCGCCACUGUCUGGACACACUUCUCUCAUCUGCCGGGGAACAGCAGCCCUAUUAAUAAUUCAUUUGGUUCUUUUUUGAAUGGAAGUGCAAAUGUCAUCUUAAAGGCUGUGCAGUGCUGGAACAACAGAAACGACACAAACCGUGGAUCGACUCACUGCCACAACAACGUCUGAACAGAAGAAAUCAUCAUAAUCUCUCUGUUGCAUUACGAGCAGUGCGACUGAAGCAGUGAGUCUGGGCUGGUUUGGCAGACAGAGGAUGGAUUCAGACCAUCUGGAUAACAAGCGAUUUUGUCACUCAGAAAUAAAUGCAUUGAGAAAACAGUGUGUGACAGGGAAUGAUGAGCGUUCAGCUGUGAAGGGAGUUAUUCAGUGUUUGUGAACAGUGGAUCGUUGCCAUAUGACAGCUUUGGUUUCUGCGUUAUGAAGAUGUUCUGCAGGAAAUGCUCGUCCCAGAGUGACGCUGCACGAGGUCUCUGAUGGAGACGCUUGUGGCAGCAGGUAAAGACGCUCUUCUCUUCUCUUCUGUUGAAUGUGUCGGUCAUCCUCCCUCCCUCCUUCUGUCUCUGUAGCGUCUCAGUCUGAGCUCAGGCUCGUCUCGUGCUGUGUGAAUGUUGACGUGUGUUUAGAGGUAGAACACGCUCAUCUGAUCAUGACACGCAAGCUUUACAGACGGUGAGUGGACACACGGGAAGAACUGCAUGUUUUAAUGUGUGAGUUGACUGCACUUCAUUGUGUGUUUGAGAUUCUCUGAGUCUAAUAUCUUACUGGUACUGUAUCUUGUAAACUAUUGGAGAAUGAUGUUACUGAUAGUAGUACUUCUGUGCUUCAAUAUGAUGAGUAAACGCUGCUCAUUUGAUGGAGAUUCAUGAGCUCUAAAUGAUCCUUUUUUACAUUUACAUUUAUUCAUUUUGCAGACACUUCUAUCUAAAGUGACUUACAAAUGAGGAAUACAGCAAGAGAUUUAUCUUAAAGAGGCAAAUAAACACAAGAAGUGCUCAUAAUACUAAGUUUCAGACAUUGCUUAGAGUAGCAUAAGCUGGAAUAGGGAGGGAUUAAGGGAAAGUGAAAGCAUAGAAUUUAUUUUUUUAUGAUGAGGUUAAGUGCUCAUGGAAGAGAUGAGUUUUCAGCUGUCUUUUGAAUAUUGUCAGGGAUUCUGCAUUCUGGAUGAAGGCGGGGAGAUUGUUCCACCAGCAAGGAACAGUGAACAAAAAUUUUCUGGAGAAUGAUUUCAUGCCUCUCUGUGAUGGUACCACAAGCCGUCGCUCAUUUACAGAUCAUAAGAGCAAGUGGAAGUAGGAGUGCUGAGCCUGAGGUAGAUCUGUAAGCAAGCGUCAAUGCCUUGAACUUGGUUAGGUCAGUCAUCAAAGAUUACUCCAAGAUUUCUGACUGAUCUUGAUGGGGUAAUUGAUGAUGUACCUAGCUGGAUGGUGAAAUCAUGCUGUAGAGUCGGAAGCUCAGUCUUUGCCAGGUUGAGCUGCAGGUGAUGUUCUUUCAUCCAUGCCGAGAUGUCCACCAGACAGCUUGAGAUUCGUGCAGCUGGAUGAAAUGAAAGUAAGAGUUGUGUGUCAUCAGCAUUGCAAUGGUAGGAGAAACCAUGUGCCUGUAUGAUGGGACCCAGUGAUGUAGUGUAUAUGGAGAAGAGGAGGGGUCCAAGCACUGAACCCUGAGGAACCCCCGUGGUCAGUUGAUGAGCUUUGGAUACCCAGAAAGACCUACCUGUGAGAUAGGAUUCAAACCAGUGAAGUGGAGCUCUUGUGAUGAUUAGAGGGUGGACCGAAGGAUCUGAUGAUUCACUGUGUCAAAGGCAGCAGAUAGAUUCAGCAGAAUGAAAACUGAUGAUUUGGAAUCAGCCUUCGCAAUCCACAGGGAUUCAGUGACCGACAGUAGUGCAGUCUCGGUUGAAUAGCCGCUCUUGAAACCAGAUUGGUUGACGUCCAGCUGGUUAUUCUGUGAGAGGAAAGACGAUACCUGAUUGAAAACAACCCGUCCAAGUGUUUUCGCUAUGAACGGUAGGAGAGAGACAGGUCUGUAAGUAUCUACAAGUCACUUAAGUGUUUAAUGUGGGGUUUUUAAGCAGUGGGGUUACCCGAGCCUGCUUGAAUGUGGGAGGGAAAAUACCAGUGCGGAGAUGAAUCCAGGUCUCAUUCAAGCCCAAGAUAUUGAGAAUGGAUUGAGUUGCAAAGGUAGGAAUGAAGUCUGCCUUGUUGACGGCAGACUGACAAUUCCAGAGACCCACAGAAACAGAAGUGCGAAUAGAAAGCAGAUUAGCAGUAUUGUGCUGCCUUCUGUUUACUGUUUUUUGUGAGGAUAUUUUCAGAUGUUUUUCCCUCAAAACCAAGCACAUGUUUUUGAUCUUCUUCCGCUCUGAUUGAGACUCUUUUAAAGUUGUCAUGAAAGGGAAGUUGCGCUGGUCUUUUCUUCCCUAUUGUGACAUAUCUGAGUGAAACACUUCUCAAACAAGAACAAAUGUAGGGCGGGGCUUGAUUUUGUCUGUGGGGAAUUGAUUGGAUGGUUGUGGUUUGCUAUUGGUGGAUCUCAUGUGAGUGACAGGUUGCCCCUCCCUCGUCAUCAGAGAAGAGAAGAGAUGCUGAAGGGAGGAGGGAGGAGAAGAUAUUCUGAUUCAAGAUUACCAGGAAUAAUGAUGCUGAUAAAUUAUUUAGAAUAAACACUGCAAUAUUCCAUAAAAAACAAGUCAGUUUUGAUUUUUAUGGUGACUUUAAACAGCGCUACAGAGAGCAGCAUCUGACAGGUACGACAUAAAUGCCUGGGGCUUCAUUAGAUGUUGAGGAUUGGAGGUUUUCAGGUUGUUUUUUGAUGUUUUUCUUCAGAAACACUUGAUGGUUCAUGCAGCUCAUUGAGUGCAUACUGAAAUAUUAGACCACAGUCUGUAAAUCUGCAGACUGUCUUAUGCAUGUUUUAUCUUAUUUUGAACUAUUCAUCCAUGCAUAAGACUUUUUUUGAUCUUGCAAUAUUCUACAGUGAAAAGACUUUCUCUCAGGUGACGUAUGCUGGUCUUCUCCACUCAUUUAGUGUGCUUAAACUCCGCCCCUUUCUCACAAUCUACUGCAAGCUCACAUUCAGACCCGCCUCCAUUUUUGAGUGUCACGCCCACAUCUCAACAUCCAAUCAACAAGUGACGCAUAGAACCAAGACUCGAUAUCUGCAGUCCUUUUGCUUCUCCAGUAAAAGUAUCCUGAUUUAAGAAUGUAUGAAACCAGUCAAAAGCAUCAUGUUUUUGAGAGCAGCGGUGAUUUUUGCCAGUAGGAGACACGCGUCACUGAUGUGAAUCAGAUGGUCAUACGGUCGUGUCUCUGGUGUUUUUCUGCACUAGCAACAUGUUUAUUUGUUAUUCCAGCUUCACAGAAACCUGUCAGGAUCAAGCUUCAGAAACUCUGUUUCAUUGACGUGUGGAGGAUGAGAAGAAAACAGGAGCAAAACAAAAGAGCUCCAGUGUGAAGCAGCUGAUAAACAACCGCAGGCCUGAGCGUCAGUCUGACAGGACUAGAGCUCUGGUGAAGCGAAUGGUUUUGAAGACAAAUAAUAAUGUUCAGAAUACGUCUGUAAUGCAAACCUGCAGUUUUAAGGAAACAGCACGUGUGUCUCGUGUGUGUCUGUAUGUUGUUGUGAUAUUGUACAAUGAUGUGCUGAAUAUUCUUGACCCGGUCGUCCAUCCGUCUGUGUGUCUGUUUGUGAUUCUGCAGGAAACACUCACAAACACACUAAGAAAAACAUGAAAAAGAUUUAUAUUGGGAAAACUGCAGUAAAAGCACCAAGAAAUGGUGGUAAACAUCAGAAGAGAAGGUAAGAGUGAAGAGAGAGAGAUUCAAUCCAUCAAUCCAUUCAUCUAAAUGUCAUCUGCACUCUUGAUCAUCUGACCCUGUUAUGAUCGAUCCGUCAGGCAGGUAAACGCCACUCAAAUCCAGUUACGGAAAGCUAGACAUCAGUGACAUCCUUUCCUGAUCCGUAUCGCCACAGUGAACAUUAAAGACAAAUGAAAAACAGCUUUCUCUAACUGGAAAUUAUACGUUUGAAUCACACACACACACACACACACACACACAGUCUCACCCUCAUCAUCACUGUUCCUGUCUGUCUCUCAUUUUACUGUGGUACAUUUGUUGUAAAGGGCUCUUAAUUUAAAUAAAAAUAUGCUCUAAGAACGUUUCGCUAACAUUGCCAUUAAGUUAUGAAAACGUUAUUUCUGAAUGUUCUUUGAACGUUCAAAACAUCUAUUUUUUUUUCUUGGUUAUGUGAACGUUAAGAAAACAUUUCAUUUCAUCAUUCUUCAAACAUUAUGGGAAUGUUAGUUUUCAAUGUUCUCUAAACGUUCUGAAACAAGUAGAAACAUUUAAAAAACAUUAGAUGAACGUCCAACUAAAACAUUUCAGAAAAAAUGCUCCAUGAACAAUGUAUAAAUAAUGUUUUUGUGCUAACGUUUUGAGAACAUUGUUAAAGAUCAGAUAACUUUGAAUGAACGUUCUGUUAACGUUACUGGAAGAAUGUUUGUUAAUAAUUUUGAGAGAACCUUCCCAGAACGUUCCCCGUUAGCUGGGUUAGAGUUAAUUACUAAAGUUAAAUACUUUGGUAGAACCGACCAAUAAUAUUUCUAGUAAUACCAAACGCUAGAGUUUAUUUUAGUUUUUAUCUUUCACAUACAGUUGAUACUAGUGAUUUAACUGGUGUGGAAUCAGAUGAAACAAGCAGUCAUGUGACACGGCUCAAUCAUAAUUAUUUCUCUUUCAUUUUAUGAUUUUGAAGGUCAUUAAAGUAAAAUUUUAAUAUCUCAGGCUUAUGAAAAUGAAUAAAUCAUGUUUAGUGCUUUUGAUCCAAGAGUGUGUUUGAGGUAAUUUAUGUAAUUUAUUCCUGUGAUCAAAGCUGAAUUUUCAGCAUCAUUACUCCAGUCUUCAGUGUCACAUGAUCCUUCAGAAAUCAUUCUGAUAUGAUGAUCUGAUGCUCAAGAAACAUUUAUGAUUAUUAUCAAUGUUGAAAACAGUUUCAGAUUUUUGUGGAAACCGUCAUACACUAUCAUUCAAAAGUUUGGAGUAAGAAAAUUAAGAGAUCUGUCUGUCUGUGUGUGUGUGUGUGUGUGUGUGUGUGUGUGUGUGUGUGUGUGUGUGUGCAGUUCAGUGCAGGAGCAGAAGGAGGAUCUGCGCAGGCGUCUCGGCUGCACCACACGCAAGCUGCAGCUGCUGGAGAGCGAGUUUAAGUCGACUCGUCAGUAUCUGGAGACGGAGCUUCGACGAGCGCAAGAGGAACUGGAAAAAUUCACUGAGAAACUGCGCAGGAUUCAGAGCAGCUACGCGGCACUACAGAGAAUAAACCAGGACAUGGAGGAGAAAAUCCACAGAACGACUCAGCGUUACGAAGAGGAGAAGAGAUCUCUGAGUCGAGAGAUCGUCACGCUCAAUAAACACCUGGUGGACGCCAAGAUCACCAUCCAGAAGCUGCGAGCGGAUAACGAUCUGUACAGGAAAGACUGUAAUCUGGCAGCUCAGCUGCUCCAGUGCGGAAAAUCUCCUUACAGAUCGCACAGACUGUCUGAGCUUCCCGCUGAUCUUCAGGAGCGAGUGAGUUCCCACAUGGAGAAGCAGGGUCACAGGCAGAGCGUAGCGCUGCAUCACUCCUGCUCAGACGCCGUUCCCACUGCUGUUAUCGGCAGGGUCCUGGAGAAACCGGAGCCCGGGAGAAGCUGUCCGGUCACACGCUCGCCGAGUCCUCAAGCUCAAGAAUUCCCAUCUGGCACAGACAAAGUUCAGAGGCGUGCGGCAUAUAAGUUGUCAGAUCUAUACUGCAGCGACACUGCUCUAUACUGUCCCACUGAUGAGCGGCGGCACGACCGCUGGCCGGAGCGACGGCAGAGUGCAGACCAGAGCGGACAGAUCCGAGGACACACUGACAGCAACCCGGAAGACGAGAGUUUGCCUCAGACUUUCUCUCUGCAUGAAGACCCUUUCGGAUCUCUUCCGGCCUGUUAUUCCAGCUUCAGUAUGGCGUCGGAUGAGAAGGCUCAAGUGUCAUCAUCCCAGCAGGCUCUGUUCACUGACUGGCGUGAUGGAGACUAUGAGCACAAGAACCCAUCCUCAUAUGGAAAGGAACAUCUGGGAUUUUCCAAGUCGAGCAGCUUCCAGCACGCCGCUCAGAAUGGCGGUUCUCUGGCACACGGCUACAGCGUAUCUGGAGCUCACGGGGACAGACAUGUCCACGACCCUGAGGAUCCGACGGGCGGCUGGAGGCAGAUGAGCGUGGAGGACAUGAACACCUUCUUCUGUAGCCCUGGACGUGCUUCGCCCUUCAGUUUCUCAGAGCGGCACUUUGCGGUCAGUCCAGCCAAGAUCAAACUGGGUCCCCUUUACAGCAGCUUCCAGGAGGGAGACCAUGUCUUCCACACGCGUGCACCGGAUCUGCGGUUCCCUGCGUCAGCGGGAUCAAGUCCCGCGCUGAACCCAAAGAUUAGCCUGAAUGCAUUGAAAAGGGGCUUGAUGUUCCGCUCAAAGGAUGCUGGUCAGGACUCAACGAGCAGCUUCUUCCAGGACAAGCAGAACACGGAUGAAGACGCUUUACGGAGAGAUUACGUAGAUGAAAGUCCCAGUAGUUCUGUCGAGUCACUAAAGAGUCUGGACAUCCAGCACUACAAGAAGGAUCUUCAGAAAAAGACGCCACAGCAUCAAAAGUUUGGAAACGCGGGACUCAGUCGCAAAGACAGUCUUACCAAAGCACAGCUUUAUGGAACGCUGCUUAACUAACCAUCAGUGUUCAACGUACUGCGGUUCACUGCAAAAACUGAUGUUCUUCCUCAGUGUUUCUGUCUUGUUUUCCAGCACAAAUAUCUAAACAUUCUUAAAUCAAGACACAUUUACUGGAGAAGAAAAAUGACUGAAGAUAUUAAGCCUUGUUUUCUGAAAAAUGCAUCAAAAUAAAGUGAGUUUGUGCUUAAAACAAGAAUAUCUGCUAAUGGGGUCAGAAAAAUAAUCUUAAUUCAAAGGGAAAACAAAUCGAUUUUCAGACUCCAUUGGCAGAUAUUUGUCCUUGAUUUAAGCACAAACUCACUAUAUUUAGAUGCAUUUUUCAGAAAACAAGACUGAGGAACAUUUUUUGAAAAGCAGCAGCACUCAAAAACCCAUACAGUAAACUAAUGUCAACAUGUUUGCAAACCAUUUUUCUGUUGCAGUUUUAUAUGGUGGGACUUGAUUUUAUCAUGGUGAGUUUUAUUGGAUGAAGAAAAAUGACCCAUGGUUGUAUAAGGGGCUUAAUGUUACACCUGAAGCGUGCCAUUUCUGCGUUUUAAACACUCAAACUCUCCCUUUGGACCCUCAUCUGCUAUUGGUCAGUCAGACAGAUAGCCCCGCCCCAGCCUCACAUGAUUGGUCGAGUCAGAAGUUGACAUGUCAGGCCACUCAAUG